AUGGAGUACCAUUUGCUUGGUGGGUUGGCCGUGCCAAUGAAAAGCAUCUUUACUGGGGAGGAUCUCUUCCGGGCAUUCAACAAUGUGCAUGUGGACUGGAAGAAAGUUGUCUGGAUAUGAGAUAUUUUUGCAACUGUGACGCAGAUAGAGAAGAAUGGACAAAUGAUACCGGCCUCCUUGCUUUCAAAGACCAUUUGCCUGUAACUCAGAUAGUGAUCACUGACACAAACAGAUCAAAUUCUGAGGCUGCUUGGAAAAUCGGCCCUUUGCGUUGCUAUGGAGACAGGCAGUUCUGGAAUGCUGCUUCCUUCAACACAGAGGCCUCCUAUCUGCACUUCCCCACAUUCCAUGCUGAAUUCAGUGCAGACAUCUCCUUCUUCUUCAAAACUACCGCUGUCUCUGGGGUAUUCUUGGAAAACCUUGGGAUUAAAGACUUCAUACGAAUUGAAAUAAGCUCCCCCAAAGAGAUCACCUUCUCCAUAGAUGUCGGGAAUGGCCCCACAGAAGCCACUGUGCAGUCUCCCAGCCCCCUGAAUGACAACCAGUGGCACUACGUCCGAGCAGAGAGGAACCUCAAGCAAACCUCUCUCCAGGUGGACAGCCUUCCCAAGAAGGUCCUGGAGGCACCUGCUGAGGGGCACUUUCGCUUGCAGCUCAACAGCCAGUUAUUUGUAGGGGGAACAGCUUCCAGACAGAAGGGCUUUUUGGGAUGCAUUCGAUCUCUGCAUUUAAAUGGACAGAAACUUGAUCUUGAAGAGAGAGCUAAAAUGACACCUGGUGUUAAACCUGGAUGUCCAGGGCAUUGCAGCAGUUAUGGUAACCUGUGCCAUAAUGGAGGAAAAUGUGUGGAGAAGUAUACUGGUUACUUCUGUGAUUGUACUAACUCAGCCUAUGAAGGACCUUUCUGCAAGGAAGAGGUUUCUGCAUUAUUUGAAGCCGGCACUUCUGUUACCUAUAUUUUCCAAGAACCUUAUCCUGUCACAAAAAACGCAAGCACCUCAAGCUCUGCCAUUUAUGUGGAUGCUGUCAUGUCCAAGGAGAAUAUUGCAUUUAGCUUUCUCACAGCACAUACCCCAAGCCUUCUACUGUACAUCAACACCUAUUUUCAUGAAUAUUUGGCUGUCAUUCUCUCCAAGAAUGGAAGUUUACAGGUUCGAUACAAGCUGAGUAAAGAUGGGCUCCUCAUUUUCACCAUUGACUCCGGAAAUUUUGCCAAUCGAGAGCUGCACCAUGUGAAGAUUAACAGAGAAGGCAGAGAGCUCAUCAUUCAGGUUGAUCAAGUUCUCAAACUCAAACACAACUUUUCUGAGAUUGAUUUUAAGGCCAUUAAAUCACUCACCUUGGGCAAGGUCACAGAUAGUUUGUCGCUGGACCCUGAAGUCUCAAAGGCAAAUGCCUAUGGUUUCACUGGCUGCUUGUCCUCUGUUCAGUACAACCACAUCGCUCCCCUGAAAGCUGCCUUACGCCAUCCCAGCGUUGCUCCUGUGACCGUCAAAGGUUCCUUGACUGAAUCCAACUGUGCAUCCAUGAUGGAUGCUGAUGUGAACACAGCAACAACAAUAUAUUCUUCAUCAGAUCCUUUCGGGAAGACAGAUGAAAGAGAACCUCUCACCAAUGCAGUCAGAAGUGAUUCAGCUGUGAUUGGAGGUGUAAUAGCAGUUGUGAUAUUCAUCAUCUUUUGUAUCAUUGCCAUCAUGAGCAGAUUCCUCUAUCAGCACAAACAAGCACAUCGAAGUAGUCAGAAAAAGGAGAAAGAAUACCCAGAAAACCUCGAGAGCAACUUUAAAGCUGACAUUGACUUGCAGAACACAGUGAGCGAGUGCAAACGGGAAUAUUUUAUCUGAUGGACAAUGCAAUUUAUUCUUACUCCCUUAUCCUUGUUUUCUUUGUUCCUUUAUUCCUUUCUUCCUUCCUUAUUUUCUUUUUUGAAAAAUUUUUUUAAGCAUUCAUUUUUUGCUAUUCCAUUUGGAAAAGCCCACCCUGCACAAGAAACACUGAGAACGAUCACAGUGCCUCAUUCUCUGCACAAGAACCUGGCAAUCACAAUUUACUUCUUCAGCUCAAGAGACCUGUUAUCCCAUCCUACACAAAAUAAGAUCCACAUG